AUGAGAGGAGUGAUUUUGGUAGCGUUAUUCGGCUAUUUGGCGGUUGUUUUGUAUGCCGAAAGCGAGCCUACAAAGCAAGUAAGCUCAGGCAGUGGGGAUGGCAUCGACGAUCAAGUCAUUUAUAUAACACCGACAAAUGGAACAAAACCUCCGACGGAUUCGACGGACGAUUAUGGCUCGGGAGUUGACGAUGAAGACGACGAGGAUUAUGGAAGUGGAAGCGCUAUGUCUUCUACAACAGAAACGUUUACAACAGAAACGUUAACAACAGAAACGCCGACAACAGUACGGGAAUCGACAACAACCGAGGAAGAAACGACAACCGAAGCGGCGGCAACAUCAACAACAACAAUUAUAACACCCGAUGAUGACGAUUAUUACAGUGGUAGCGGCAGUGGAUCAGGUGUAAGCUCUACCAGACCCCAAGACGAAACAACUACAGCUUCUACUGACAUUUACAUUUCUACAGAAACGAGUACAGUCGACGAUGUAAACGCUCUCAUCACACGAGUCCAAAAUAACAUCGUUACCACAGCCGAGUCGACGAAACAAGAAUCGACUCGCAGUCUUUUCAAAACUACCCAGAAACCUGCUUCGACAACACCUCCUAGAGUCCCUAUGACUGACAGUUGGACAAGAGAGUCUGCGACAACCACAACCACAACCGAAUCGGUUGAAACGACAACACAGGCGAGUACGUCGCGGCUUAUAAAAACUGAGGAGACGACUACUGAACAGUACAGGGGGCAAUCUACUGAAGAGAAAGGGAUCAAUAAAUUGUGGACGAGCACAAAGUUCACAACGAAACAAAGUGUUGAAACCACAACACCGUCAGAACCCGCUAAGAUGGCACUUACUAACAACAAGAAAGAACCUGGCUUCACAUUGACAACAGAAGUUAUAGCUGGGGUCGUUGGAUGUGCUUUACUUGCCCUACUUUUGAUCGCUUUCCUUAUGUAUCGGCUGAAGAAACGAGACGAAGGCAGCUACCUUUUGGAUGAGUCAAACGCAUAUCCCGUUGACUACAAAAAAUUCCAUGUUUCUGACAAGGAGGCGUUCAUAUAG